UGCCGCUGCCCGGAGGAGCCCAGCAGCCUGCGGACUGGUGCCGGCGGAGCCCCGCUCGCGCAGCCACAGAAUGGCUUAUUCUGAGGAGCAAGGAGGCAGCCCCUGUGGUUUCAUCCGCCAGAAUUCCGGCAACUCCAUCUCCUUGGACUUUGAGCCCAACACAGAGUACCUAUUCGUGGAGCCAUUAGAAGAGCGAUACAAAUGUGCCUUCUGUCACUCAGUGCUUCACAACCCCCACCAGACGGGUUGCGGGCACCGAUUCUGCCAGAACUGCAUCCUGUCCCUGAGAGAAUUAAAUACGGUACCGCUCUGCCCUGUGGAUAAGGAGGUUAUCAAAUCUCAGGAGGUGUUUAAAGACAAUUGCUGCAAAAGGGAAGUCCUCAAUUUAUAUGUAUAUUGCAAAAAUGCUCCUGGAUGUAAUGCCAAGAUUAUUCUGGGACGAUACCAGGAGCACCUUCAGCAGUGCUUGUUUCAAGCUGUGCGGUGUUCUAAUGGGAACUGUGGGCAGACAGUCCUUCGGAAACACCUGAAAGAACAUUUGAGCGCAUACUGCGAGUUUCGAGAGGAAAGAUGCCUUUAUUGCAAAAAGGAUGUACUGGUAAUCAAUCUACAGAAUCAUGAGGAAAACCUGUGUCCCGAGUACCCAGUACGUUGUCCAAACAGGUGCCAGCAGACUAUUCCCAGAACCGAGGUGGAUGAACACCUUGCUGUGUGUCCUGAAGCGGAAAAAGACUGUCCUUUUAAGCACUGUGGCUGUCUUGUAAAGGGUAAACAGGGGAACCUGCAGCAGCAUGAGAACUCAGCCUUACGGGACCACUUGCUUCUCGUUUUAGAAAAGAACUUCCAAUUAGAAAAGCAGAUUUCUGACUUACAUAAGAGCCUAGAACAGAAGGAAAGUAAAAUCCAGCAGCUAGCAGAAACUGUAAAGACAUUUGAAAAGGAGUUCAAGCAGUUUGCACAGCUCUUUGGCAAAAAUGGAAGCUUCCUCUCAAAUAUCCAGGUUCUUGCAAGUCACAUUGACAAGUCGACUUGGCUAGAAGCUCAAGUGCGUCAUUUAUUACAAAUGGCAAGCCAGCAACAAAAUAAACUUGAUCUGAGGCCUUUGAUGGACGCGAUUGAUACAGUGCAACAGAAAAUUACCCUGCUAGAAAGUAAUGAUCAAAGAUUAGUCGUUUUGGAAGGGGAGACGCACAAACAUGACGCCCACAUUAACAGCCAUAAAGCACAGCUGAAUCGAAAUGAAGAGCGAUUUAGACUGCUGGAAGGUGCCUGCUAUAAUGGAAAGCUCAUCUGGAAGGUGACUGACUACAAAGUGAGGAAGAAAGAGGCGCUGGACGGACACACGGUAUCCAUCUUCAGCCAGCCCUUCUACACCAGCCGAUGUGGCUACCGGCUCUGCGCUAGAGCGUACCUUAACGGGGACGGCUCUGGGAAGGGGACGCACCUGUCGCUGUACUUUGUGGUGAUGCGAGGGGAGUUUGACUCACUGUUGCAGUGGCCAUUCAGGCAGAGGGUAACCCUGAUGCUGUUGGACCAGAGUGGCAAAAAGAACCACAUUGUCGAGACCUUCAAGGCAGACCCCAACAGCAGCAGCUUUAAAAGACCCGACGGGGAGAUGAACAUUGCGUCUGGCUGCCCCCGCUUCGUGCCUCACUCCACUUUGGAGAAUGCCAAGAGCACCUACAUUAAAGACGACACCGUGUUCUUGAAAGUGGCUGUGGAUUUAACUGACCUAGAGGAUCUCUAGUCACUGCUUCUGGGGUAACAAAAGGACUUCUUGGAGGACUUCUUGGAGGAAAACUUUUAGUUAGCACAGUGACUGAAUGUAAACGAGGUGCACUUUUAUAAAUAUUCGUGUUUUUGCCCUUAGUGUUUGAAGUCACUUGAAAACUCCCUAAGUGCUGUCUUCUUUUUACAUUUUACUCUGUUCCCAUUUGAAACUUAAAACACUUAGGAUAUCCUAUUGUUAUUUAUAUUUUUCUAUCUCUUGAAUCAUAGGAAAGUCUCUUGAAAGCAAGGUCUGUGGGGCAUAUCUCUUUUACUGGUGCUUAGCACGGGGUUUCAGGGUGGGCGCUCUGUUGAGAACGCAGAUACAGAAUCCCAAUAAAAAGGCCUGGGUUUUCAGUCUGCUGAUUCUAGACUUGAUUAAAGACAGUAUGUCCAGUUGGAACAGAUGUUUUUUGGUCAGAUACUGAUUUACUAGACCUCUAAAUAUUUUCAUGAAAUUCACCAGUCAUCAGCAAGCACAGCUUUGCAAGGCUGUGUAAGAACUGGCAACUAAAGCGAGCAUCUUCAUCUUCCCUGCUGAAGUAAAAGAAAGUAUCACACAGCACAUAUAUAAGGAGAUACAAACAUUCAACUAAAGUUCAGAUUUUAUUAGCUUCAACCAUGUGAAAAAACUUUUCACAGAUCAAAAACAGUAAAAUAUUAAUUUAAUAAGGUUACACUUAAUGUAUACACACACAAAUCAUUUAAAGAUAUUUUGUUAAUAGUAAUCUGAGGAUGGGCAGAAUUUAAUAUAUGAUGGAAAAAAUGUCAUAAACACGUAAGAGGAAUUUAAAGUCUUGGGGAGUCACCAUUACAAUUUCCUAUGGGUGUCAGAAGUA